AUGUCAGGAAUUUACAUCGUCGGAGCUGUCUUGGGAACCUUUGGGCUUACAUAUGUUUUGGACAAGGUUGUUUCUGACAAAAAGUUAUUCGGAGGCAAUACUCCAGUGACCAUUUCGAAGGAAUGGCAAGUAGAAACUGAGAAGAAGUUACAGGCUUGGCCUCGCACUGCAGCAUCUCCUGUUGUCAUCAACCCUAUCUCUCACCAGAAUUUCAUUGUCAAAUCCACCUCUAAAUAG